CAUCCGUAUGGACGGAGGACAGAAGAGCUUUGUUAUGGUGACUAACUACACACAGUCUCCUCCUAAACUACUAGACUGUCCCCUCUCCUUCACGCUGAUCUGCCCUGAUACAGGCCUCGUUCAGGAGGAUGUGUACAGAACGCUGAAGGGCUCACCACUUUGGACACGACAUUGAAGGAACGCCUUCUGAUCGUCAGUAACGUCCCGCGGGGACUACGGCAACCCGAGAGGUUCAUGACCUCGUCAAACGCUUCGGAUCCUACCUCGAUUCGCUAUCUCUGAUCAACAGGAUUUAUUUGAGAUGGAGUCGUCCUCGAUAGCGAUGGCAGUAUGUCUUCAUUUCCAGAAGUUUCCCCGUGUAGUUCAGAACAAGCCUCUGAAGUUCAACAUGCUGGUCAAGGUUAAACACCCGCCUCAGCCGCAGCCCCCAGCCAAGAAGACACCUGUCACUGGCACCAAAGCCAAGAAAAAGGCGGUCCAAGGCAACAAACCUAAAGGUGCAGCAACACCUGUUAAACCUGUUCCUGCCGCAAUCACUACCGAUGACACUACUACUACCGCCACCAGUGCUACGGCCAUCUCUGCCACUCAGCCUGUGGUUACCGAACAACCGGGACAUGACGUAAGCGCCAUCCAGUCCCGUGACGCCAUAGCGAUAGACUCCGACGCGACCGCAACGGAACCCGGUCCGGUCGUCACGGAGCCCGAUGACCCGAUGACGACRAACAACGACCAAAGCCGAACCGUUGCUGUCGUGGCUGCAAAACCGGAUGGCGAGAAUGGAGAAACCGUAGCAACCGCUACCGUUCYCGCUGCUACCGACGACGUUGACGCAAACGAUGUCAUCAAUCCCGUCGACUCUGACGCCGUUGCUGGUUCUGUACCGGCGCGAACACCGGUAACAUCAGCCUCUGUCCCCGUAGCUCUCCCAGUGUCUGUUAAAGUUAAAGACAAACGGUUAGACUUCACUCCGGUGACUCAGGACAUCCUGAAGGCCCUGGAGGCAGCAGUGCACCAACACCGCAUGGAGAAACUAGCUGAGGAACGAAGACGGGACCAGGGAGAGAAGAGCCAGGGCAAGCCUCUAUCCGACAAGAAGAGCUCUGUAGCCGGGGAGAAGAGGGAGACCAAGACCCCGGCUGGAGAACUGAACCAGGCCCCAGCUCAACCAGAGAAGAAGACWGGAGAGAAGACGGYGACACCGACACAGACUCAAAACGAGGAGAGAAAUAGACCUGCUGUUUCCGACAAGAAGAAAAAGCUACAACCUGCGAAGUCACAGACCGAUAAAAAGCCUCCAACCACACCAGCGAAGAAGACCACAACGCAGACAGAAGGAGCAAAGAAACCACCUUCAGGCUCUGGACAACCAGAGAAGAACCAGGGGAAGACCCAAGGCUUUGGAGSAAGAGGCCGGCGCAGGCACCAUUCUUCCCCAGAAAAGAUAGACUCUUCCAGGCAUAGAAGCGAGGAGGAGCAGGGUCCUCCGACGUCGAGACACGGRGACUCCUCUAGCUCUUCUUCUGGCUCCUGCAGAAGCAACAGACAGGACGGCAGUCCCGCCAAGAAGAAGGGGAGGAAAGAGGAGGAYGAGAGGAGCAAGAGCCACCGUAGUAGAACCAGCCAGUCCUCUAGCAGUGAGUCUAGAGAUACGGAGGCAGCAGAGAGAAAGGGUGUUGGCUACGUGGCGGAUGAGUUCACGUCCGACGCCAACCCAUUCGACCUGGACCAGUUCAARAUGGAUGAGUUCGUCACCGUGGACGAGGUGGAAGGGGAUGAGGCGGACAACACCAACCCACCAGAGUCAUCAUCUUCAUCACCCAAUACCCAAGAUGGCGCCUAUGAAAGGUCGGAACGAUCAUCCAAACGCAAGAGGGGUACCCCUGAUACCCCAAUUUCUACUAUGAAGUCUAGCCAGGAGAAAGAGACACCCCCGUCCAAAAGCACUCCCACCCCAUCCUCAUCUACCUCUACCACCCCUGGACAGAAGACUCCACGACAAGCCGCAACAGCCAAAAAAACGCAGCCGGCAAAACCUCAACCACCUGUCACCUCUGGACGCAAGACCAGGUCAUCAGCUGCUGUUGUAUCAACGGAAGCCGCAGAAACCCGAGAAAUUGUCACCUCUGGACGCAAGACCAGGUCAUCAGCUGCAGCUGCUGUUGUAGCAAAGGAAGCCGCAGAAACCCGAGAAACUGUCACUGACGAUGACCCCACAGUCGGGAUGGAGGCGGAGCCUCUUCCCGUGGAGCUUCUGUCUCAGCCAAUGGCUGAGGGUAUGUUACCGUCAUCCGACCACAAGGUGUCAGUGUUGGACACUGCAUUGCCGGCGAACAAGGAAGUAGAAAGUGCUGGGUCAGAGAUUGAUAUGGAGACUACAGCUGAAAAACCUCCAGAGGUAGGCGGGAACGAGGAGAAGGCCCAGGCUAAAAAAAGGGACUCGAUUCUGGGUAGCAAGGCUCAGAAUGAAGGCUGUCCACUGGAGCCUGGUUUGCCUGAUCCGUCUUCCGCAGCCAAGGAGCAAGACCUUCAUACAACCCUAGAACUACGAGAGUUUGAGACGGUGUCGGGUCACCAAGUGCCCCAAUCACUUGUUGACAAAGUACCCGAAGAAGAUGGAGGUUUACAGAUACUCAACGAAACUGUGGAUGACACAGCCUCUGAAUCUACGGGAUCCCAGGAGCGCCAAACUACUCUAGAGGAACGCCAAGACGAAGAAGAAUCUGCUUUCCACAUCCUGGACUCUGUCGAAGACCGAAGAGAUUCUCUACCCAGAGAGUUGGAAGGGUUCCAUAUCCUGGACUCUGUCGAUGAUCAGGUGGAUAUGACAGAAGCUCUGGACAACCAUACUACUGAAUCUAAGGGUACCUCAAAACCACAAAAAGAGGGUUACAAAAAGGGUAAGGGUAAUAUGACACUUCAAAAGAAGGAGGAUGGUAAGAAGAUACCCCAAACCCUUGAGAAGGUACAGACCCCUACAGUGGAGUCAGAGAGAGUUGAGGGAGGUACCCACAAAAAGACUAACCUUGUCUCUUUGGAUGAGGUGAGUGAGGAAGAAGAGAGUUACCCUGACGACGCUGCCGAAGAGGAAGAGCUGAUGAAGAAACAGGAACUGGCGAAGGAGAAACAGCGAGUGAGGGAAUGGGAGAAGGCGAGAGGGAAGGAGAGGAGGAGUACAGAGCGGGAGAGGAGCAAAGAGAAGGAGAGGUUCGGUGCGGAUAUGGAAUGGUUGGUGACUCUGGAUGAGAUUGGAGGUGAUGGGGAUGAGAGAGGAGAGGAGGGUGAGAGGGAUCAGGAGUGCGGAAUAAAUGAGGCAGACCUUCAAGAAUUGGUCACUCUGGAUGAGUUCGUUGGCGAGGAAGGAGGGGAGGGUCCUAGCCCGGAGCCACACCCAUUUAGCCAGGAGGACGAAUCAGGAGACUCCUUCAACACAGAGACGAUGGUGACCCUGGAUGAGGCUGGAGAUGAUCAUGAGAUGGAGGAGGAGCAGCCCAGGAAGUUUCCAGAACCAGCCCAGACCCGGGACACUGACGAUACAGGCCAGGACUUUGUGGUUUCUAAGGCAGGGUUCUCUUCUGUAAGCUGUGUUCUCUGUUCUACAGGAGUGAAGAACAACCAAGAGACCCACUGCAGCAGUCUACAACACUAUCAGAACACGCAGGUAUAAACACAUUAUACUAGU